AUGGCAGCUUUCAACCUCUCCCCCUUUGACCCUUCAACAUUCUUCCUAACAGGCAUCCCUGGCCUGGAAGCUGCCCAUAUCUGGAUUUCCAUCCCUUUCUCUAUGUUCUACAUUAUCAGCCUAUUGGGAAAUUUCAUGGUUCUGUUUGUUGUAAGCAAAGAGCAGACCCUGCACAAGCCAAUGUACUUGCUGAUCUGCAUGCUGGCAUUCACAGACAUUGGCAUUUCUACCUCUGUUGUGCCAAAGGCUCUGUGUAUAUUUUGGUUCAAUCUGAACAACAUUACUGUGGGUGGCUGCCUCACCGAGAUGUUCUUCCUUCAUGCGGUUUUUGCUAUGCAGUCAGCCGUCCUUGUGACAAUGGCCUUUGAUCGCUACAUUGCCAUAUGUAACCCUCUGAGAUAUUCCACCAUCCUCACCAACACACGGAUAGUUAAGCUAGGUCUAGUGGGUUUGAUAAGAGCUGUUCUCAUUGUUAUGCCCCUGCCUCUCCUCCUGAGUAGGCAGCCAUUCUGUGCCAACCGCAUUAUCCCAAAUACAUACUGCGAUCACAUAGCUGUGGCGAAGAUUUCAUGUGGGGACACCACAGUCAACAGGAUGUACGCCUUGGUGGUAGUGCUUGUAUGCACUGGGUUCGACCUGACGCUCAUUGCCCUGUCCUACAUUCUGAUAAUCAGGGCCUUCUUCAAAAUAUCCUCAAAGAAAACCCACCAGAAAGCCCUCAACACCUGCACAGCCCACAUUUUUGUGAUGUUGAUGUUUUAUCUUCCCUUCAUCUUCUCUUCUCUGACACACCGGUAUGGUCAGGGCAUUGCUCCCCACGUUCAUAUCAUGUUGGCCAACCUCUAUUUUGUUGUCCCACCCAUGCUCAAUCCUAUCAUUUAUGGGGCCAAAACCAAAGAGCUUCGUGACAAAGUUUGCAAAUAA